AUGGCUCAUGCAAAGAGGUUUUCUCAAAUUCCCAUGUCUAAGUGCAUGCGAGAACUCUGCAAAGAAGAAGAUUACACUUUCUUAAACAGUCUUGAGAAGCAGGAUGAGAGUCUGGAGGAGAGCACAUGUGUGGAGAGUGAAUGUCAGGAGAAGCAAGAAGAAAGGAUCCGCCGUCGACAGGAGCGUGAGAAGCUGGAACGAGAAAAGCAACGUGAGAUAGAGGAGCAGCAGAAGGAGAAAGAUGAACAGUGGAAAAGCCAUGUGGCCGAGCUGGCGGUCCAACGCAAGGCCAUCCGUGCAAAACUAGACAGACUACAAGAAUUUAGGGAUUUUCAGAAAAAAGUUGUGCUUCAGGAUUUGGGUCUGGAUCCAGGUUCUGACAAUGAAUCCGUCAAGCACUUUCUGAUGAGGCUGUAA